UACCAAAACCUAAGGUUUAAGUAGGCUUAAGUUUAUGGAUUGUGGAAAUUUAACCCAAAAAUGUUAAUUUAAUUGAUAAUUAUCAUGUCUAAAGUAUUAAUUAUUGCUGGUAUUCUUUCACUCAUUCACUGUGGUUAUUCUGCUGCCCAAUAUCGAUCACAUCUUCGUUUAAUAGAACAAGAUUUUGACGGAUUUUUGCCGGCUGAUAUAAUUUUGCAAGCCUUAUUCAGCCUUUUUGUUUCUCUUUUUGGAAUUGUUCAAUUGUGUGAUGGAUUUAAAGAAAUUCGUGCUCUAAACGAAUUACAAUCAAAAACUUGUGAAACUUUGGAGAAUCGACCAUCAUUCUAUACAUUUAACCAUCGGGGCAGACUCAUACCACCCGUCAACGAGGAUUAAAUCCUUCUAGAGCCGCCUUCAACUUUUCUUUAAACCUUUAACACAUGUUUCCUUUCUUUUCUUUUAGUGUUUUCUGUGAAAGUUUGCCGAUAUCAUAAUUUUAUUUUAGUAACUUAUUAAUUUUUUUUGUAUUCAACAUGGAGUUAUUCAAGAUUGAUACUCUUCCUGAUAAAAGUCUGGUUGACGAUUCUAUUUCUAAUUGCGAGGAAGAGUCUAUAACUCCAAUAAAUGAAAAAGUAGAAACAGAAAAACGUGAUCUUGAAGAGGAGGCUUUGGAAAAAUUCAUCUUUGGCUCUAUUCAUUCUGAUCCCGUUCUUUCUUCCAAUGAUUCUGUUGAGCCUAAUCAAAAGAAACUUAAAAAAGCUGCAUGGAUUGAUGACGAUGAUCAUAUAACAGCUAAAGACGGUUUUGCCCAUGCUAAAAAAUAUCCUAAGAAAGUGGUUAAAGAAACAGAUUACCGUUCUCAUUUGGUAGACAAAUUUGAAGCUAUUUAUGGGAGACCAAAAUGGGCUAGCGAAGACGGAGAGCGAAUUAAAGAUGGUUCGGAUGAUGAAGAAGAUGAUCUCUUCGGUGUUGCUGGAGAUAUCGUGACAAAAGGAAAAAGGCUACAUAAAACCAAUCUUGAAUAUUCUAGAUGUGCUAGUUUAACUACCAGUGAAACUAUCCCGGGUUUAAUAACAAGUGUGCAAUUCCACCCUUCCUCUAAUGUUGCUCUUAUUGCUGGUGUCAUCGGUCAAAUCAAUCUUGUGCAAGUAGAUGGCGAUGAAAAUGCUAAGCUUAAUUCUAUUUUACUGGAAAACUUUCACCUGAGUCGAGCCCGUUUUUCUAUAGAUGGCAGAGAAAUUAUCAUAGGGUCUAAAUCGACACAAGGCCAUUUCUUUACAUAUGAAAUGAUUAGUGGCGCAGUUACGAAAGUACCUUUUUUUAAAUCUAAUAGUCGAUUGUCGUUGAAAGAUUUCGCUCUUUCUCCCGAUGGUAAAUAUCUGGCAAGCUGUGGUAUUAAAGGUAAUUUCUAUCUUUUCACCAUGAACCCGAAAGAGAAUGUAGCCUCUUUUAGGCUUAACGAUGAAGUUCGAUCUGUCUGUUUCUCGCCCGAUUCCACUAAAUUAUUUGCAAGCGGUGACGAAGGAGUUGUUUAUGUCUAUGAUGUUAGACAAACUAGAAGAUGUAUUCAUCGCUUCAUUGAUGAUGGUGGUUUAAGCUGUCAAUAUCUCGCAAUCUCCCCAAAUAGUAAUUAUUUUGUAUCAGGAGAUCAAUCAGGCCUUUUAAAUAUCUACAAAUAUGAGGAUAUCCUUUCCAGUCAAAAUCCGAAGCCAUUGAAAAGUUUCGCUAAUCUAACUAAUCCCAUUACCUGUCUCAAGUUCAACCAUACAUCUGAAAUACUAGCUGGUUCAUCAAGCUAUGCCGACAAUGCAAUAAGAUUAGCUCAUUUUCCGUCUUGCACUGUUUUUUCCAACUUUCCUCAACCAAAUGGACUUUACCAUCGCAUCAAUGAAGUCGAUAUAUCACCUAAUAGCGGUUACAUUGCUAUGGCUAACAACAGAGGUAAAGCCUUUCUUUACCGCCUCAAUCAUUAUGCUGAUUAUUAAAAGUAUAUUAAAACGAUUAAAAGACAAAAUUUGAAAAAAAUUUAAGGAGUACCAUCUAUUUAAUCAACAACUUUUUGAACAAUUUUUCAUGAAUAAACUUUAUUUAA